AUGACUGAAUUCCAGUUCUCUUAUGAAUCCUGGCCCGUCGAGGGUUUUGAGAUUUUACCUCAAGAGCUUGAUCAGCCCAUCAUCGCAGGAGAUUUCAAUCCUGUAGAAGAGCUGGAUCCAAGCUUGGUCGAACAGCUGAAUAUGCCCAAGUCCAACUUCCAGCCCUAUCCCGCAUUGUGGUAUGAGGCUGGCCUUGUGAGGCAAGACUGCGGCAUUAAUCAAGAGCCAAGCUAUUUCCCCGAGAAUACACCGACCCUCGAUCAACUAGCGACGCAGAGAGCUCUCUUCAUGACUCCAGCAUAUCAAUUCCCAGCAUCCCCAACCUCCGAUACGCGCAGCUCUCCUGAUCCAACUUCGACAUGGGAAGAAGAGACCCAAGGGCAAUACAACUUUGAUCUGAGUAUGGAUCAGUUCCAAAGCCCGCAAUUCGAAAGCCCCCAAUAUGCCCCACAACUCUCCGAGGAUUGCUUCACACCCCUCGAGAUGCCCGAUGGGAGCACCCGGCUGACAUCAAACUGGUUACCCGUCGACCCCGAAGCAGGGUUUACCAUUGCGGCACCCGAAGAGGAUUUUCAAGAUAUGAAGUUCGCUUUCUUUCCCUCGGAGCCGACUGCGUGGUCGUAUGACCGUUGA